GGGCCGGGCCCGGGCGGAUGGCGGCGUCGGGGCGUCCGGCGGAGUACGAGGCGCUGCCGGCCGGGGCGGCGGUCAGCACGCACAUGGCGGCCGGGGCGGUGGCGGGCGUGCUGGAGCACUGCCUCAUGUAUCCCGUCGACUGCGUCAAGACGCGGAUGCAGAGCCUGCAGCCGGACCCAGCCGCCCGCUACCGCAACGUGCUGGAGGCCCUGUGGAGGAUCGUGCGGACGGAGGGCUGGUGGCGGCCCAUGAGGGGCCUGAACGUCACGGCCACGGGGGCCGGGCCCGCCCACGCCCUCUACUUUGCCUGCUACGAGAAGUUAAAAAAGACACUGAGUGACGUGAUCCAUCCCGGGGGCAACAGCCAUAUCGCCAACGGUGCGGCGGGGUGUGUGGCCACGUUGCUCCAUGAUGCGGCCAUGAAUCCUGCAGAAGUGGUGAAGCAGAGGAUGCAGAUGUACAACUCGCCCUACCGGCGGGUGACGGACUGCGUGCGGGCCGUGUGGCAGAAGGAAGGGGCCGGCGCCUUCUACCGCAGCUACACCACGCAGCUGACCAUGAACGUCCCCUUCCAGGCCAUCCACUUCGUGACCUACGAGUACCUGCAGGAGCACUUUAACCCGCACAGACGAUACAACCCCGGCUCCCACGUCAUCUCCGGGGCCUGCGCGGGAGCCGUGGCCGCGGCCCUCACCACGCCGCUGGACGUUUGCAAGACGCUGCUCAACACCCAGGAGUCCCUGGCCUUGAACUCAAACAUCAGCGGACACAUCACGGGCAUGGCCAGCGCCUUCAGGACGGUGUACCGGGUCGGCGGGGCGACCGCCUAUUUCCGGGGAGCGCAGGCCAGGGUCAUCUACCAGAUCCCGUCCACGGCCAUCGCCUGGUCCGUGUACGAGCUGUUCAAAUAUCUCAUCGCCAAACGGCAGGAGGAGCGGAGGGCCGGGAAGUGAAGGGGCGUCGGAGACCGGGGGGGGGGGCCCGGGCCCCCGCCCCGGCCCGGCCCCGGCUGACCUCCCUCCCCCGCCCCGCUCGAGUCCGGAGGGGAGGCGACCCGAGGCCUCCCCGCGGCCGGCGGAACGUGGCCGGCGCCACCUCGCGCCGGGGGCCGGGGCGGCCCCCGGCUCUGCCGGCCCGGCCCUCCCCCCGGCGGCACGACGUCCACGGUCUCCUGCCUCCACCCUGGGUCGGCGCCCUGCUCCGGACCCUCGGCGAGGGGGAGGCCCCGCUCGCUCCCCUGGUUCCGAAUAAAGAGGCUUCUUGAAAUGAAA